AUGUGGCAAUAGCUCAAGCUAGUUUUCUCCUACUUCAUCUGCUCCUAUCUAUUUUUAAAUAGGCGAGCGAAAAGUGAAAUAUAUAUUUUAAAAUAAUCACCUUCGUAAAGGGAUUAUUUAAGAAGACUGAAAAUGGGAAGGAGAGCAUGUUGUGAAAAAAUAGGGUUGAAGAAAGGUCCGUGGACUGCUGAUGAGGACCAGAAGCUCCGCGACUUUAUUCACGCUAAUGAUACUAAAUACUGCUGGAGAGCUGUUCCGAAACUUGCGGGACUGCUAAGGUGUGGGAAGAGCUGCAGGCUGAGAUGGGCAAAUUAUUUGAGACCGGAUCUCAAGACGGACACUCUAUCUAAGAAAGAAGAGAAGCUUGUCAUUCAUCUCCGCUCUCAAUUUGGCAACAAAUGGUCCCAGAUUGCUUCGCAUUUGCCUGGAAGGACUGAUAAUUAUAUCAAGAACUACUGGCAUAAUCACAUUAAGAAAAGGUUGAAUCAGAUUGAUUCAAAGGCGCAUAAACCCCGUUUCCCUGAUCAACCUGCUACUACUAGUACUCAUUAUAACACAUGCCAAAAAAGAGCGGAGAAAAGGAGAGAAGACAUGGACGCGGUCUGUGAAGAUGAUAUGGCCAAAGAAAAUUUAACCAUCGACUCCGGAUUCUCGGUUGACGAAAUUCCAUUGAUCGAGGACCACGAGAUUAUUAACCCUCAUUCUCUUCAUCUCCCGUCUAAUGAUUGUUCCACAUCCUCUAUUCCUUAUCCCUGCACUGCAUUAACCGCGACGAAAGUUGAAAACGUCAAGUCUUCGGCAUAUUGGCAGGGAAAUGAUGAAUGCAAUAACUAUGAUGGAAACAUGGGGGUUUAUUAUUCGUGUGAAGAUGAUUUCACUGAUUGGGAUUGGCUUCUUAAUGAUUUUGAUAUUGACGAAGAGAUUGAUUAAGAAAUGAUUCUGUCGCCUCCUGAAGAUGCAUAUGGUCACAAGCUGUACCCGAGAAUUCAUGGUCGUCUUAGAUGAGUGAAAUUUGUAAAGUUUAAACUGUGGUAAUUACUGGAUGAUGGUAUAUCUGGCCUCCUGGAUAUAUAAGAGAAUAUAUUCAGAUAGAUCGUAUGUAUUUUACAUUUGAUUUUUGUUUGCCUUAUCUUCGGCCUUUAUUUAAAUCCAAGAAGUUUCAACUAAUAAUGAAAGACCCUGCAGGG